AUGAUGUAUGAGGAGAUGGGUUCUAUGACUGACGAUACUUCCCGCCGCUGCUCUCUUCCUUCUUUUACCUCUAGCACUGCCAUGGCUGCCUCUGAUGUGGGCGAGGAGCGUCGACUGCCCCCUCUUCCUCAGAUUUUGCCUCUGCCACCUCGCGGUCCUUUCAGCCCAUUCAACGUGAAGGAAGCCCUUGUUCCUACCACCCCCGGACCAGGACACCAAGACACUUUCCAAUUCAAGUCGUCUUGGGUGGCUCCCGAGCAGAACAUCGCACCUCCGUCGCCAGCCAACUCCGCUGAAAGCUCCUGGCAAGAGUCUUUUGCCAUGCAAAAGUCAAAUUCGAUUGAUUGGCCCACUGAUCUCUCCCAGAGCGAGAUCAUGGCUUUAGUGGCCCCACAAAACCUUAACCGCAAGGCCCCUCUGCAGCAGCUCUGCGGCCGUAAGCGUAAGGGCAGUGCCCAAUCCGUUGAAGAUGACCAGCGUGAGAAGCACCGCAUUGCAGAGGGCAACCGUCGGAGCAAUCUCAGCGAGCUGCACCGCCAGUUAGACAGCCGCAUCCACGAUUUCUUCCUCGAGCGUGCAGGCUGGAAUCCUUCCAAGAGCCUUACUCAAUCUAAGGAGCAUAUCGUGCAAGGAGCCAUCUACCUAGUAGACUUCAUGCUCGCCAUUAUCGUUCACCUUAUCCGUCAGGAACAGGUCACACCGCAGCUCUCGGAGAAGCUGCAGCCCCAGGUCCGCUGCAUGCAGCUGCAGCAGCUAGUCAGCUCCCUACAGCAGCAGAACCAGACUGCCCAGCAACAACUCAAAGCCACUAAGGCUGAGAACGAGAUUCUCGCCGACCGUAACCGCGCACUAGAGUUCCAGCUCAAGUCCUAUGAGCAGAUGUUCCGCUCCCCCAAGUCGGAGAGCACCAGCCCCGCUCCUGUCCUUGAUUUCCCCGAGCACAAGCGCCAGAAGAAGAACGGCCUACCUGGCAUGCGGGUACUUUGUGAUGAGAUUGCUGCAAGCAAGUCCUGCGAGCCUUCCUAUUCUGCUCCCUUCUAUGACUCCAUGCCUAGCUCGACCUCGCAGUCUUUCGGUAGUUCUUACCUCACUACCACUCCACUCCGCCUAUGA